UUCUCCUUCUUCCAUCCCCACGCGACCUACCAUCCACACGCGCGUUCCAUAUACAACAACGCGAACGCGCGUGGGCACUCUCGGAGCUCACUGGGCGCGCAGCAUCCACAGACCGACGCAAAGAUCCGGUGGGUUAACGGUUUCAGGCUGCGAAGAAAGCCUGGGCACAGUCGGAGAAACUGACCGCUGGUUGGAAACCUGCACCGAUUGAGUGGACAUUAUCUUCUAGUAAAAGAAUCUGAAACUCUAGAAGAAAAGUCAAAGUUAACAUCAUAAAGCCAGAGAACUUCAACAGCAGGAAUAGUGUCUUCCUCCUCAUCUCGUCAUCCCUCCUCUCCACCAAAAUGAGGCUCAAAGAGGACCUGAAUCCCAUGCUGCUGCUUCUCUUCCACCUCACGGUGUGGAUCUACACCACAAUUACCUUCCUGCCUUCCUACCUCCUCAGCUGGGUCUCCAGAUCCCAUAGGAAUUUUUACGGGUCAGAGGAGGAACGGGCCAAGAGACCAAAGGCUUGUUCAGUUCUGGGACGCUCAGAGGGACCCUACAGAGCAGUCAGUGCCACCAAAAGGCUCCUUUCAUCGCUACACCCUGGAGUGGAUACGCUGGAUAAGAUGUUUGAGUACGCAGCCAUGAGGUUCCCGCAGAGAGACUGUCUUGGAACGAGGGAAGUGGUUACAGAGGAAGAUGAGCGACAGAGCAACGGGAAAGUGUUCAAGAAGGUAGUCCUUGGGGAGUACCGCUGGCUCUCCUAUAAAGAGGCUCUGACAGCAGCGACUCAACUGGGCAACGGUUUAGCAUCUUUGGGUCAGCGGCCGAAAACCAACAUUGCCAUCUUUUGUGAGACCCGAGCGGAGUGGCUGAUAGCUGCCCAGGCCUGCUUUGCGUACAACUUCCCAGUGGUUACACUGUACUCCACCCUGGGAGGUCCAGCCAUCGCUCAUGGGCUGAAUGAGGCUCAAGUCACCCACAUUAUAACCAGCAGAGAGCUCCUGGAGACCAGACUGAAGGCGAUCUUAGCUGAAGUUCCAAGGCUGCAACACAUUAUCGUAGUGGACAACACACCGACCACAUGGCCCGGCUUUCCACGUGGCAUCAGCAUCUACAACAUGGCCACUGUUCAGAAGCUGGGAGCCAGACCAGAUAAAGCAACAUUUGAGCGUAAGCAGCCUCUGUCUUCAGACAUUGCAGUCAUCAUGUACACCAGUGGUUCCACAGGCAUUCCAAAGGGCGUCAUGAUCUCCCAUAGCAACAUCAUCGCCAGCAUUACAGGGAUGGCAGAGAGGAUACCCAACCUGAGUGAAGAGGACACCUACAUCGGGUACCUCCCUCUUGCGCAUGUGCUUGAGCUGUGCGCAGAGCUUGUCUGCAUUUCUUAUGGCUGCCGAAUUGGCUAUUCCUCACCUCAAACACUUGCUGACCAGUCAACCAAGAUCAAGAAAGGAAGCAGGGGAGACACCAGUGUCCUAAUGCCCACUCUGAUGGCAGCUGUCCCGGAGAUUAUGGAUCGCAUCUACAAGAAUGUGAUGACUAAGGUGGAGGAGAUGAACAGUUUCCAGCGAACUCUCUUCAUUUUAGCAUAUAACUACAAACUGGAACAGCUUUCAAAAGGAUACAGCACACCACUGUGUGACAGGCUUGUGUUCAGGAAAGUUCGUUCUCUGCUCGGGGGUCGAACACGAGUUUUGUUAUCAGGCGGAGCUCCACUUUCUGCCGCCACACAGCGCUUCAUGAAUGUGUGUUUAUGUUGCCCAGUGGGUCAGGGAUAUGGCCUGACAGAGACCUGUGGAGCAGGGACGAUAUGCGAACACUGGGAUUACAGCACUGGUAGAGUGGGAGGGCCGCUGGUUUGCUGUGAGAUCAAGCUCAGAGACUGGGUGGAAGGCGGUUACCGAAGUACUGACAAGCCUCAUCCCAGGGGAGAGAUUCUUGUUGGUGGACCUAAUAUCACCAUGGGAUAUUACAACUGCGAGGCAAAAAAACAGGAGGACUUUUUUGUCGAUGAAAACGGCCAGCGGUGGUUCUACACUGGGGACAUUGGAGAGAUUCAUGAAGACGGAUGUCUCGAGAUUAUCGAUCGUAAGAAGGACCUGGUGAAGCUGCAGGCAGGAGAGUACGUCUCCCUGGGAAAGGUGGAGGCCGUGCUGAAAAACUGUCCUCUGGUUGACAACAUUUGUGUUUAUGCCAACAGUGAUGAAACAUACGUGAUUGGCUUUGUGGUGCCCAAUCAGAAGCAGCUGCUGGCUCUGGCUGGCCAGUACGGUAUCCGGGGGUCAUGGGAGGAGCUGUGCAACAGUAAGGCCAUGGAGGAGCUGGUUCUUAAGGUCAUCACUGAGGCUGCGCUGACAGCCCAACUGGAGCGAUUUGAGAUUCCUCGCAAGAUCCGUCUGAGCCCAGAGCCCUGGACGCCUGAGACGGGGUUGGUGACCGAUGCGUUCAAGCUCAAGCGCAAGGAGUUGAAGACACAUUACAAAGACGAUAUUGAGAGAAUGUAUGGUGGAAAAUAACAACUGGAAGCAGCAGAUCACCAGUUGACUCAGCAGCUCUCUCUGCUACUUCUCACUCCUUCACCUGCAGCCACAGAAUCAUAAUGUUUCUGAGCUCUCAAUGACCUAAUUGAACCAUAGAAAUAGCUUUAUGAUUGUGUUAUGAGUCACGGGACAAGUGCUGAUGAGGAAACCUGCAGAUUCUGAUUUUGGCAACUGAUUUUUUUUAAUUCCAAAACAAAAAUAUGUUUUUCAGUGAAAUUUUUCUUCUUGCAUAUGAGAGGUAUGAAACAGAGCAGGUGUUGAACUCUGAUCUAAAAAUAUUCAUGUCUGCUGCUUCAUAAAAUUGGUUUAUUUUAAUUAUAUUCUUUGUUUUAACUUAAUAAUUAAGCUUCCUGCAGUGUUGACUUUGUUUAUCCUGCAGGUCAGGAGGCAGUUAACGUUUUUGUUCAUUUUCCUUUUGUCUCCACGUUGUUUGGGUUUCUUGUCUUGGUUUAUUUUGUCUCCCACCCACAGUCCAACUGUGGCUCCGCCUGAUCGUGGGACAACAGAACGUUCUGACACAGAAAGCACAAGGUCAUUUUAGGGCAAAUGUGAGUAGGUUGGUAAAAAAUCAGCAACGGUCUUCUUGUAUAAUGGUUGUAUGCGACCUGAGCCUUUAUUAGAAAACUUUCAUAAUUUAAAGGAACACAAUACACAUUUGUUUAAUCUCCUGAGUUUUCUUACAGCGAUAGAAAACAACUUGCAUAACAGACUAAAUUAAUGUUUAGUUGUCGCUGUAUUUGAAAAAUUGAUCGCAACAGCAAAAAGUAUUAUUUCUGCCCAAGUAAGGCAGCUGAUUUCAAACAGGAUUAUGAAAGAGUCAAGCUUUCCCAGUAUGCGUGGAGAAGUGCUUGGAGUGUAAACACACUAGUAAAAGUAGAGCUUUUGACUUCCAUGGUUUAUUAUGUUUCAAGCAUUCCAACAGAAUUUUGUCUUGUGUGGGUGAGAGACAUUUGGAUUCAGUGUCACCUAAAGA